AUGCGGACCGUCUCGAGCGAGAUCAAGGUCAGGAUCGAGUUCCAGGUCGAGGUAGUUGAAGGAAAAGGAAAACAGGAGGGUCCGAAUGGUGGAGAAGGAGAGAGAUGGAGAGAAAGGAACGUUAAAAGCAAGCAAUCAGGCAAGCAAAUGGACUGGAAGUUACGAACGAAAGACCAGGCCAGACCAGACCAGAAUGGCAAGGAUGGAUGA